AUGACAACAGGUGCGCGGAGAAGAGGCACUGAGAGGGCCUGCUUAUCACCAACGUCUCCUCCCUGCGCAUACACUCCUGAAGUCCUGGUAUGGACCUCUCGCACUUCUCGCCCUCCGGACCCCUCCAACAUCUUUAACAUCCCUAUCCAAAAAGAAAACCCGGUCAAGGUGGCGACGCGGAUAAAAGCGCGAUCUGAGAGCUGA